AUGCUUUCCAUAUUUCUUCUAUUUCCAAACCUCUGCCUAUCGGUGUGUCCAGAUACUAAUAAAUGUAUAGCAAGAAUUAGGCAGCUAACGGCAGAUUCACGACGAUUUUGGUUCGGUGACCGAUGGAAAGAUAGAUGUAUGAGAAGAGAUCGUGAUCCUAUUGAAUGCUAUAAUCCAUACCAACUGCAGUCUUUUCAUAAUAUUGGCAGUCGAUUAUUUCGAGUGAGAACAUAUCACAGUGAAUUUCUUCAAAAUUUACACAUCUUUCCUCGUGUCACAUAUAGAAUUAGACCAGAUUUAAAUAAACAAGUGCUUGAAGUUGAUCCGGAUAUGGACCCAGUUGAGCCAUUCACUACAAGGUAUUUACCCGACAUACGGUGGCCUAAUAUGGAUCCAAAUAUUUCAUAUGUAAUCGUAAUAAUUGACGUUGGAUUUAGUACACUCAACUACCUCGCAUUCGACUUUCCAAAAAAUACAAAGAUCCUUAGACAUUACGAAGUGUCUGAAAACUUUCGCUUUAGCACCAAUCCAAUUGCAAUACUCAUUUUUGUGCAAAAUCCUGAAAUGAAUUUCCUUUCUAACAAUAUAUUUGUGUCAAAUUUAUCGGAACUGUUCGAUUUACCAAAAUUUAUGCUAAAUAACAGACUUGAGACAAAUUUGGUAGGAAUGAAUGUUUUACUGGUGACAACAGAUGCAUUUGCUAUUGAAAAACAACGUAUUCGUGGUAUUGUCGACAACUGCCAUGCACUCAUCGAAAGAAAAUUGCGAUUUGAUGAUCGAUGGAACUUUGUUAAAACAUUUCCACUAAAAGAAAUGGAUUCAUGGUUGUCAGUUGAUUAUUUUCAACCAUAUUCUUCAAUAGAAUUCUGUUGUGAAAAGUUUCAAUUAAAAGAGGCUACUAUUCCAUUAGAUCCUCUGGGCGAUGGCACAUUAGCGUCAGCAGCUGUGCACAGUGAGCCACGAGUAUCAGCUAUGAAGAUCAUGCAAAACAGUCCGAAUUACCAGAGAAAUGCUCGUGAUUUUCUAGGAUUUGUACCGGUUGACCGGCGAUUUACUGUGGUGCUAUUUGAGCCUGAAAGUGAGCAUUUAUAUUGGAUGGUCACCGAUAUUCCGUCAACAUCGCUAGCUGCAUCCAAUAUUCAUGAUGGUACAACGGUGGCUCGUUAUAUCAGCCCAGUUCCGACAAUCCCAAGAAAUUGCUCGUAUUUAGUUUUUAUGUUGUUUUUACAAUCACACUCUAGUUAUUCUACAACUAUAACGAUGACAUACCAUACUGGUCAUGUUCUUCGGUCUUCUCUUUGUUACAAAAACUGCCCACAGAGAACGGAAUUUGAUAUUGAAAAAUUCAAAUCAUUGCACCAACUUCAAAUUUCGGCGAUAAAUUGGAUGAAAGUUUGUUAUGAUGUGUAUGAAGGUUCGAGGCAGAUCGCAGCAUUACUAACCAUUCAAGACAAUCAGCCUGUUUGUAUGAUCGACAUUAAUGAAUAA